CUCACGGAUGAAGGGAGAUGUGGAGAGGGAGUACCUGAGCCCUGAUUUAAACCUGCUCCGCAUGUUCCGCCUGUACAAGGAAAACAAUCCAGCAUCCACUGCAAAGUUCUGGCUCUAUAGGGACAUCUUCAAGCAGCAAAACCUCAGUUUUGGGCAGCCAAGAAGUGAUACUUGUGCAAAAUGUGACGCCCUGUUCUUUAAAUUAGUAGCUGCUACAACAGAUGGAGAAAGGUUGAAGAUCACAGCCGAGAGUGAGCUUCACCACCGGAAAGCCGAAAAAGCGUACACCCAGUUGCAGGCUGACACAGAGUGGGCCAAAGCCAAUGAUGACUGCCAUGUCAUUUGUAUCGACAUGCAGGGGGUAGUGUUCACGCCAAACCUGACACACUCCAACGUGUACUAUCAACGGCAGCUGGCCAACUACAACCUCUGUAUCCAGGAGAUGGGCACUGACAAACCUCCUACAAUGUGCCUCUGGCAUGAGGGCAUCGCUCACAGAGGUUCCAUCGAGGUGGCAAGCUGUCUUUUGAAGUGGGCAGAAACAUCUUUCGCUCCCCUAGUCCAGGCAAAGGAACGGAAGCUCAUCAUCUAUAGUGACCGAUGCUGUGGGCAGAACAACAACUGGCGAGUCCUAAACCUCAUGGCCCUACUCGUAUCUAGAGGGUACUUCAGUCAGAUAGAGCAGAAGUUCAUGGUGUCUGGUCACUCCUUCCUUCCCUGUGACCGUUCAUUUGCCACGCUGGACAAGAGGCGUAAGGUGUCCACACUCCACACCCCCAGCGAUGUCGCCGAGAUGAUCCGUGGAGCCAGGCAGCUGCAUCCAUUUAAAGUAAUUGAGAUGAAAUGUGCGGACUUCAGGCAGCUCCCUGAUGCAACAUUAAAGCAUCCACCUGGCUUCCUAAUCACAUCCAUGAUGUGGUUGAAAGUGACAGCUACUGAUCCAUGGUGUGUCCACACAAAAGGGAGCCACAGCCUCUACGAGGGAUGGAAGCAUUGGCUGAUCACCAAACAGAGGAAGAAUCAACCACCUCCAGCUCCCUUGUUCUCCACCACGUAUGCUCGUGCUUACGAGGACCCUCUGCCCAUCAAGGAGAAGCACCGUGACCUUAUGAAAAUGCUAGCCUACAUGCCAGCGGAGGCCCAAGCAUUUUAUGGGACAUUAGAAUGUGAAGAGUAG